AUGACGAAGCCUGCACGUUACGACUUCAAGACGCGCCCGGUUGCGCACCCUGAUGCCAUUGUUGCUGGCGACAAGUAUCGCUUCACCGUUUUGACCGAUGGCUUGCUGCGCUUCGAAUGGGCCGAGGAUGGCCGCUUCGAGGACCGGGCCUCUACCUUUGCUAUCAAUCGUCGGUUGGCGAUUCCCGACUUUUAUGUCUGGGACCGUGGCCACGGAGGCCUUGAAAUCGUCACCAAACGCCUCCACGUGGUGUACAAUAAGAAGAAGUUUAGCGCAGAGGGCUUCAAGAUUCAUCUCAAGGGUGCUGUGACGGGCACUUGGACCUAUGGCCAGCCCGUCUCCAACCUUGGUGGUACUACUCGAACACUGGAUGGCGUAAAUGGGAGGAUAGCGUUGGGGCCCGGAGUGCUGUCGAGAGAGGGCAUGGCAGUCUUGGAUGACUCCAGUUCCAUGCUGUUCCAAGACAACGGCUGGAUUGCAGGACGCCGAAGCGGCGAGAGGAGUGACCAGUACAUCUUCAUGUAUGGCCGCGAUUAUCGCGAAGCUAUGCGCGCCUUCUAUGCCGUGUCAGGAAGCCAGCCCUUGUUGCCACGAUAUGCCAUGGGCAACUGGUGGAGUCGCUACCACGCCUACGACGAGAAGGAAUAUCUCGAGCUCCACGACCACUUUGAAAAGGACGACGUCCCUAUGAACGUUGCCGUUGUGGACAUGGACUGGCAUCUUGUAUGGGAUAUCCCUGGUGGUGUCAAUGGCUGGACUGGAUACACCUGGAACAAGAAAUUGUUUCCUGAUCCAGACAAGUUCAUGAAGAAGUUGCAUGAUCGUGGCAUGAGGUUGACACUCAACCUACACCCCGCAGAUGGCAUCCGAGCUCAUGAAGACCAGUACGAGGAAGUGGCAAGAUAUGUGGGAAUCGACCCGGCAACCAAGCAGCCCGUCCCAUUCGACUGCACUGACAAAACAUUCAUGGACGCAUAUUUUGAUAUUGUUCAUCACCAGCAUGAGAAACGGGGCGUGGACUUUUGGUGGGUGGACUGGCAGCAAGGCAACACGUCCAAGAUCCCCGGCGUAGAUCCGCUGUGGGUGCUGAACCACUUUCACUUUCUAGACAGCGGCCGAGGAAGCCAGAGGCCGUUGAUUCUGUCUCGCUUUGGUGGUCCGGGUGCACAACGUUAUCAAAUUGGCUUCUCCGGCGAUGCCAUUAUCACAUGGGACUCGCUUCACUUCCAGCCAGAGUUUACGUCCACUGCUUCCAACAUUGGCUACGGGUGGUGGAGCAACGACAUUGGCGGCCACACCCACGGCUACAAGAAUGAUGAACUGUACACUCGAUGGGUGCAGCUGGGAUGCUGGUCGCCCAUCCUUCGUCUUCAUUCCGACAACAAUCCGUUCAAUACGCGUGAACCCUGGCGGUUCAACGAAGAAGCACGCUUGAUCGUAGAAGACACGCUGCGCUUCCGUCAUCGCUUGAUCCCCUAUCUUUACACCAUGAAUGCUCGCUCUGCAUCCGACGAUGAACCCCUCAUCCAGCCAAUGUACUGGGAUUACCCGGAGAACGACGAAGCGUACAACGUACCCAACCAAUACAAAUUCGGCAGUGAGCUGCUCGUCGCCCCCAUCACCCAGCCUCGCGACAGCGUCACCCAUCUCGGCGCGGCGAACGUCUGGCUCCCAGCCGGCCGCUACGUCGACGUCUUCACGGGCAUCGUCUACAGCCGCAAAGGCGAACUCCAAAAGGCGCCAUCAUCCCGCUAG